UAAUAAUCUAAUCUCUUACGUGUUUUGUGCAGAUUAAAUGGUUAAAGUCGCUAAAUGUAUCUUCACCGCAUCCAUCCGUUCACCCAGAAACCCGCGCUGUUCAGUCCAGACGCCCAGAACCGUUUUCCAUCCGAACGUCACCGCGGCUCAUCAGAGAUUCACGGCACGUGCGUCCGCUCCGCGCGCACGCCGGGUUUGCUGCGCUUUUAAAUCCACCUGUUCGCGCCCCCCUGCUCCCCGAUGCGGUUCCAAGGGUAGAAAACACUAUUUAUUUCCUGCUUUCUUUUUGAGCGCCUUGUGGCUCGUGGGGAGCUCCCCUCAUUACGCCAUCACCGCCGCACGCACGCACACGCCCGCACGCACGCACAGCGGCGGCGGACUGGAUGGAUUACCUGGACGUGUUUGCGCACAAACCUCAUCACAUCUAUAAUCUCCGGCAUAGAGGCGAGCUCGAGCCCCGCGCGCGGAUCUGAGUCACAUCGCCGCUGCUCGUGCGUGGACGCGCGCCACGAUCCGUCUGCGGAGCUUCUGGGUUGUUUUUUUGUUGCAAACACGGGGCGAAGUCAUGGUGCCGGCAACGCAUCGGCGUCUCAUGGCGCCGUGAGGACUCCCCCCGGUGUCCCCCCCUGUGUCCCCCCCUGCUUCCUGUUUUGGUUGUUGGCGUCUUUAGAUGUUUGUCAGCGGGAUCGCGCUUCUUCGCGAAAUUAUCCGCAGUUUCCUCUUUCAAUGAUGUUCACUUUUGCUGCCUUCUGCUACAUGCUGUCUCUGGUCCUCUGUGUGUCCCUGAUCUUCUUCGCAAUAUGGCAUAUUACAGCUUUCGAUGAGCUGCAGACUGACUUCAAGGUGCCGAUCGAUCAGGGCAACCCACUACAUGCGAGGGAGAGACUGCGGAACAUCGAGAGGAUCUGCAACCUGCUGAGGAAGUUGGUGCUACCAGAGUACUCCAUCCAUGGACUCUUCUGCAUUAUGUUCCUGUGUGCCCAGGAGUGGCUGACGGUGGGCCUCAACAUCCCCCUGCUUUUCUACAACACGUGGAGGUACUUCCAUUCCCCAACGGACACGAAGGAGCUACUCUACGACCCGGCAUCGGUCAUGAAUGGCGACACGCUUAAGUUCUGCCUGAAGGAGGCCUGGUGCAAGCUGUCCUUCUUCGUGCUCUCCUUCUUCUACUAUCUGUACUGUGUGUGGAACCUGGAUAUAUCCCUCUAAGGUCUUAUCAGUGGAAACACUAAAAGUAUGAUCCACUCCUGGGUUAUCUCAUAACAACUGAUUUAUCAGCGACUGGAAAGAGAGGAAGAAGCCUCUGGGAUACACAGACUGCCACUGGCUCAGGUCUAGAACUGAGACACUGGUUAUUUUAAAGAAGAUUACAGGUGGGGGGGUCGAAGCUUCUUUUCAGCUUCAUCUGUACAUAAAAAAUGAAGACUAAAAGUCCUGUUUACAGAUUGAAUGGUUGUAGCAAGGACCUGAUGUAACCAUUGCCUGGCCUACGUUUGUACCACACACACACACACACACACACACACACACACACACACACACACACACACACAGCCUCCCGGUGGUGCCGUUUACUUACUGCAUGGUAGCAGCGUCGGUAGCCCCGGAGGACAGAAGAGCACAGUAGCGUUUUCACAGUUUGUCUCAGGCGAAGCAUGGUGGAGCACUGUGUCCGACUCGGCGCAGCCCCCCGACCCCCACCCACCACCCACUUCCCUCGAGACCUCACCGACCUGUAGCUUCAACGGUGAGCCUUGAAACGAGGGGCAGAUGGGAAAAGUGGACGCACGGAUAACACUGUACAGAUGAAAAAAGGUUGGGGUGGGGGCACCUGAGCAGCCAGUACUCAGUUUCCCCCCCGCACCCGGGACGGCACACACAGUCCAAGGCCUGUGGGUUCGUCUUUCUGACAUUAUGGCUUUUGUGACGUGUGCAUUUAUGUGUAUUAAUUAACAAAAAGGUCCUCUAUACAGCUGAUGCCUUCUUAGUGUCGUCCUUAGUGUCGUUCUACUGUGGGAAACUUUUCUAAAAACUUCAAGAUUAAAGACACCUGUCUGAGCUUUUAUAGCACACAAUCUUUGCACAAAUAUGUGCAUUUGAACUCGCACAGUAUUCGCAAUAUUUGGCUAUAUAUCAGAGGUAAUUUAGGGUAUUCUAGAUGAAGGUCUUCCAACAUGUAAAGAACUAUCCCCCCCGUUUGAGGUUGGGGAGACAAUAUGAAUCUUUUCUAACGCGAUUUACACCAUGGACCAAAAUGUUGUUUUUUUGGUAUUGAAAUGGAUUUUAUUCAUGUCUAUUCGUGCGAUUCCAAUGGCUUGCCUCCAACCUCUACCUUAAAAAAAUAUAUUUUUCCAAAUGUAACCACACCAUGACACAGAAAUUGAAGAAAACAGAAGAUGAGAAAGGUGCCGAGUGUGGAUCCAUUUUUUUGUGAUUCAAAUAAAGACAAUUGUAGCAGAUGA